UACAUAUCAAUAUGGAAAUAUGGAAACAUGGGAUGCGGAGGUGGCUUGAUGGAUCUUGCCUUUGAAUACAUUGAGGACAAUAAGGGAAUUGACACAGAGGAGUCCUACCCUUAUGAAGCUACUGAUGGGGACUGCAGGUUUAAACCAGCUACUGUGGGAGCCACCUGUACUGGCUAUGUGGAUAUAAACAGUGAAGAUGAGAACGCUCUACAGAAAGCCGUGGCAAACAUCGGACCCAUUUCUGUUGCCAUCGACGCAGGCCAUAUAUCCUUCCAGCUCUAUGAAUCUGGAAUCUACAAUGAGCCUAAUUGUAGCAGUGAAGACUUGGAUCAUGGUGUCCUGGCUGUUGGUUAUGGCACAGAUAAUCAACAAGACUACUGGCUGGUCAAGAACAGCUGGGGUCUCGACUGGGGUGAUCAAGGCUAUAUAAAGAUGACCAGGAACAAGAAUAACCAAUGUGGUAUUGCCACAGCAGCCAGCUAUCCUCUAGUUUAAAGGUGGGUGAAAAACAAGUCAACUCAAUCAGCAGUAUCUACAUGACUUGGUUAUAGAACACACUGCACAAUGGAAUCUGUGUAAAAAUGUAGUCAUUUUUAAAAAUAUAAUUGAUCUAGAAAACUGAGUACUGUAAUAUGUUGCCGAACCUUGUUUUCUACUUUUCUAUUCUGUGGGCAGAAAGCAUGGUUCGAAGACAAAAAUGAGCAUGAAUGGAAUAAAUAAAUAAAUAAAAUAAUGGGGGGAAAAAAUGAAAACCCUGGACAUUCUUUCAAUAAUAUUGAGUUAUAGUGCACUUUUUUAAUCACAGGGAACAUAUUAAUAAAUGGAUUAAGGAGACGAUGGGUUAUGUCAUUUUGGAUGCACACUAGUUGACCUUGUUUAGUACUUAUUUUAUUAAGGUUUCCAGCCUCAAUGCUAGUGAAAAAACUAAUCAGAUAACACUACUAUCUUUCUGCACUUAAAAUGAAUGGUGUUAAUAUGUAUGCAAAAAGAUUAUAUAAUAUAUUCUGACAUUACUGGU